UAAAAUCUCUGUCUCUCACACUCAAAACAACUAUAAAUACCCUAUCACAUUAUUAGUCUCUUCUUCAUACAAUACACGCCUAUAAUAAUGGCGGAGAAUAAACUUUCCCCUUCAUCUUUCUCUCCCAACUUUAAAAAUGAGUAUUUAGAAAACAUAGUAGCUUAUACCACCGACAACAACAAUGACACAUUGUUGAUGCCACCACCAUCACCUGCACAAACUUUCUCAAAUGAAUAUAUUGAUCUCUCUCAAGAUCCAAGAAAGAAAAUUCCCAAAAGCUCUUCCAAAAAACGUAAGGGUAGACCCCAGGGCUCUAGAAAUAAGCCUAAACCACACGUUGUUAUCGAGGGAAACAUAGAAGCUUUCACAGAAGUGGUUACAAUUAAGAUCUGUGUUGGAGAAGAUAUUGUGAAAACUCUAAUUAAUUAUGCUAUACGGCGUCAAGCUGACAUAAUAGUGUCGAGGGGUUUCGGUCUUGUGACUAAUGUUAUUCUUCUUGAGCCAAUAUCUUGCGUCCCAUUAUUACCCAUUGAAGGACCAUUACAUAUGACAUCUUUAUUUGGAACAUAUGUAAAUCCCAAUUGUGACUAUGUUCCUCUGCAAUUCAUAGCUAAUCCACCAUGUUCCUCUUUUACCAUUUAUUUCUCUGGUAUUAAUGGACAUGUCUUUGGCGGAGUUGUUGGUGGAAAAGUUAUUGCUGCUGGGGUUAUUUUUAUUAAUGCCACUGUUGUUAAGAAAACCACGUUCCAUAGAGCGGUUUCCAUCGAGAGCAAUGAUCCAAAAAUUGAAGAAGGUGGAUCAAUUCAUGACAAUGGUGUCAUCAUCAAUGCAAACCAUGUAGCACAUGAAACUCGCAUGUGUCCAUGCUUCAAUGACGUGGCUGCUAAUUCAACUGAACUGAAUCAUCAAAUGUCCCCUAACUAUCUUCCUACGGAUGAGAGUGCCAUGUCGUGGAACCACUCCACUCACACUAAAAACUUCUAGAUAGACAACAAAAUCUCUUGUGUUCCCCUACGUUGUUUUUAAAA